AUGGAGGACGACCACAACCAGGACGAUGCUCUCGCAUCGAUCCCUCGGCGUCGUAGGCCUGCGCUCUCGUGUACCGUGUGCAGACGGCGCAAGCUGAAAUGCGACCGCGCGCUUCCAUGCGGACAAUGCGUCAGGUCCAAAACCCCUGAUCUCUGUGUUUAUUCCAGCCUCAGCAACCCGAGUACCACCAGCUCGAGACCUAGACCGGUGGCAGACAGCUCAGAUCAGGGGCAUGUACCAAGCGACCGGGCGAGUCCGGUAAAUAGUGGUCUGUUUGUAUUUGAUUCUAAGCACCAGAACCCGCCAUCCAGGGUGUCUAAACCCAAGGGACGACCGGAUGAGCUCCAGGAAUUGCGAAAUCGCGUCAGGUCGCUUGAACAGGCCCUUGCGAGGACAGGUUCUGCCCGUACGCCGGAGAGCCUGGCUUAUGAUUCCGUGCCGGAUUUUGGCAUGCAAAUGCGCAUGACUUUGGACAACCAGGAUGUCACGCAAGAAGUGAGAAAUCUCCCAGAAAACGCAUGCUUUCGGGGUAGAAAUGGUCGUACACGGUUUCGCGGACGUUCUAGCGCGGAGUUGACACUGUCCUGUCUCGAUGAUAUGGCGGCGUACUUUGCGAAGAACCAUCACAAGAUGAAGUCGGAAUCCUCUGAAUUUCAUAAAAUGAAAAAGUUCCGAGGCGAAUUGAGGUCCCGGGAGAAACAGGAUCAGCAGCGAGCGUACCAGGAGAGAGCUUGCUCGCUCAAAGAGAUGCUCCCGCCCCGAAAUAUUGCAGACGAGCUACUCAAGCUGUACCUGUCGACAUUCGAAACCACCUACCGGAUUUUACACGUCCCGACCUUUUUGAAGCAGUAUGACUCCUACUGGGCCGGUGAGACGACGACAACCGACCAGAUCUUCAUCGCCAAACUUCUAGCUUUGAUGGCAGCCAGUAGCUGUUAUUUCAGUCCUGCAACCAAAGUUAACGGAACAGACACGCUGCAUCACAUCGCAGUCGGAUGGCUUCUAGCGGUUCAGUCAUGGAUGGCAUCGUCUUUUGUGGGCUCCACCGUCAAGUUUGACAUGCUCCAGAUCCAGUGUCUUUUGAUCCUCGCGCGCCAGGCACACGCGGCAGAUGGUGACGUUGUCUGCAUCACCUCUGGGUCAGUCGUGCGUACGGCUAUGGUGAUGGGCAUGCACCGAAACCCUCUCCGGUUUUCGAAAAUGACCCAUUUCUGGGCGGAGAUGCGUCGUCGGCUAUGGGCGACAAUUUUGGAGCUGGACCUGCAAGCUUCUAUUGAUUCAGGCAUGCCGCCAUCGAUUGACCUCGAUCAGUAUGAUUGCGACCUGCCGUCAAACUGCGAUGACGCGGACUUGAUUGAAGAUAUGCCAGAGGCUCCUGUACCCAAAGGCAGUGAGGUUCUGACCCGGAGUACUUUCCUCGCGGUGCUUUCUCGUUCCUUGCCACUGCGAGUACGCAUUGCAAGGGCUAUGAAUAGCUUAAAAUUUACAUUGUCGUACGACGAAGCACUGCGCCUCAGCGAAGACCUCUUUCAGGCUUUCAACGGGAGUUUGGCCCAUUUCCCUCCGAAAUUGGAUGACGACGGCUCGGCGUUUGCGAGAUCGUUUAUGAGUUUCGUAAUGCAAAGGUUUAUCCUCCUUCUCCACCGACCUUUCGCCUUGAGUAUCGCACUCUCUCCGAAAUUUUCCUAUUCACGCAAGGUUUGCAUGGAGUCGUCUUUGGAGAUGUUAUACCAGCUGGAGCUGCCGGAGAGCGCCCUUUUGGACCAGGUCCAUCCGUGUCUAGGGCAUCUGAAUGGGGGGAUGUUCCGGGACGAAUCCUUUCAUUCUGCCUUGACGGUUUGUGCCGAGCUCUGUUUACAAACCAGGGAAUUUUCAGCCUCGAAACCAGCACAGUCAUUCCAUGCCAAUUCGUUGAAUGAACUAGUGCGAUCCCAACAGAAUGUUUUGGUCCGGGUACUCGAGCGUACCCUGGACACAUUCGGCAGUCGCAUCUCCCCCAAAGGUAAUGGCUGCAAAGGAUUUGUCUUUCUUAGCAUGGCUCUCGCUUCCGUGAAAGCGCGACUUGGCGGAGAGAACCCGAUGAAGAAGAUCGAGGAGGCCUCAUUGAGGUCCAUCAAGAUGUGUGAACAGGUAAUCUGCGGAGUACCGUGGGUUGAUCUGCGCAGGCAAAUCGAGGGCGAAUUUGUUCCGUCUGUUACGCACACUCCGGACAUGAGUUCUGCCGCAUCUGACGUGUCAUUUGACCCGUUCUCGUUCUUUUCUAGCAAUUCGCUUGACCUUUCUCCACUUGACUUUGGGAACAUGUUUGACGCAGCCGAUUACAAAAUGCCGGAGCUCUGGGAUCCUAAUUUUCUUGCUAUUUAA